AUGGUGGGCAUUGCCGAGGAGCUCCCUCGACAGUUUGCACCGGCUGUGGGAAAACUGUUGGUACAAGGCACUUCAUCGGCUAUUCCGAUCGUGCUGGCUACACCUUCACCGGCAUCACCACUGUCAUCGGCUCCGUCGUCUUCGAACUUGGGGAAUUCGAUCCGCUUCGCGUCCUUCGAGUUCACUCCUCACACCGACGCGUCACGUUCGACCUUCUCGGGCCUGUGCGACGGGAUGAACAUGACGUUCGGGAGCGUCCACUUCCGCAUCAACUCUGGUGGCGUUCUUCGGCUCCCGGAUCCGAUCAUCUCGAGUACUGCCGCGACUUCAUCGACUGCUACGUCCAUCGCUUCAUCACCAACCACAGCCGAUCUAUCGGCUGCACCAUCGUCGACUCCAACAACUUCAUCGUCAUCAUCGUCGCGCCGCACCAUGUCCACUAUGUCUGUCGGGUCUGAUGACUCCGAUUCAUCGGAUCUGACAUCGUACUACUGCCUCGACUGUGACACCAGGCACGAACUUGGUUCAGAGGCCUCUCCCUUCGUCUGCGGCAUCAAGUACUCCUCCGAUGAGGAAAGCACUGACGAAUACAACGACCCCACCCCUAUGACCACGAUGCAAGCGGCUCAUCAUCAAAUCCGUGUCAUCAUUAACGCCCAAACGGGAGCUAAGAUCUCUUCGGGUGAGCGCACCCCGCGCGGCAAUGGUGAACGACGGCUAGAUGGCGAAGCCAGCAGCAGCAACGCCAACACCACUUUUUCUGUCUCCAGGGAAGAGUGGGAGGCAGCUCGCAACGCCGUGGUUACCAACACCAGCCUCCCCGUCGGAGUAUCUCUCACCGCGGAGCACUGGAAAGUCUCGGAAUCAUCGGUGACAAGCUCAUACCGAGGAAGGAAAAAUCUUCGGGUCACGGCAGCGGUUCUCGGCAUCGCUCUUCCUCAAAGGACGCUCGCGACGAUAUCACGCAAAGUAAAAUCGACAAAGCUCGUCGCCGACGCGCUGCACGGGCCGGCUAUGAUAGCGGCGAUUUUGAAAAAACCCAAGAACACGACGGUGAACUCCGCGGUGACGAUUGCCUGA